CCAGGAAAGUUGAUUUUGGUUUUCCGUGAAAAUAAUAGUUCUUUUAGUUUUUUAGUUUUGUUUUAUAAAAUAAUUAGUAAAUAAGCUUAUAUUCAUUCUUAUAUGCCUAUCGCUGCAUAAAUAUACGAGAAAUCGUGAAACUUUUGCAAUAUGAGUUCGGAUAGCGAUGAUGAUGGUUCGACCGGUCGUGGCGGUGGGGGCUCCGCUGAUAGCAACGCCGGUGGUGGUUUUGGAAUGGACUUGACAGGCAUAUUAUUUGGUAAUAUAGACUCGGAAGGAAAAUUAAUGGACGAUGAUGCCGGCAACGCAUUCGAUCCAGAAUUCCGUGAGCACAUAUCCUCUUUGUCUAAGUUGGGCCUAAACUCAAUGUUAAACGAAGUAAUAGAUACUGAAAAAGAUGAAAUGGAUGACGUAGAUACUCCUAAACAUCCAAUGAGUGAUUUUGAUGCCUUAAAAGCUGGAUUUACGAAUAACGAUGGCAAUGAAGCUGAUAAUGAAGACGAUGGUGAAAUUGUCAAAGAUGAGAGUGCAAUAGAUUACUCAGAUAUAACAGAACUAUCAGAAGAUUGCCCGCGCACUCCUCCUUCGAAUGAACAAAGCGUACUUGAAGAUCUUGAGGACGCAAUACCGGCCUCAAAAGUUGAGGCUUCAAGUAUAACCAAAGACGAUAAGGAACUAAUGCCUCCACCGCUUGCACCUAUACGCAAUAUAUCAAGCAGCAAUAAUGUUGACAGUGUACCUAAAACGAAUGGACCGGACAGUGUAAAUGGCGAUACAAAAUUAGAUAAACCGACAGAACGCAAGUUGGACACACCCUUAGCAGAUAUGCUGCCAUCUAAAUACGCAAAUGUAGAUGUGAGAGAAUUAUUUCCAGACUUCCGUCCCGAUAAAGUUCUGCGUUUUUCACGCCUUUUUGGACCGGGGAAACCUUCAAGCUUGCCACAGAUUUGGCGUAGUGUGAAGAAAAGAAGGCGACGACGUAAGCACUCACGUGAUCAAAAGAAUCCGAAUACUGGUUCCGAUUCCACCAGCGAUUCAGAAGAACCAAAGAAAAAAGGGUUCGGAUUGCACUACGGUCCCGAUCCAAUGCCAUAUCAAUGCGUUUCCGAUGACGAAGAUAAAUUAUUGAGCAUUACAAAUAAUGAAGAUGUCAAACCCGAGGGCCCGGAAAGCGGCGAUAAUAGUGAUAGUAAACCCAAAAUUGCCGACUGGCGUUACGGACCGGCGCAAAUUUGGUAUGAUAUGCUAGAAGUGCCGGAUUCUGGGGAAGGUUUCAAUUACGGCUUUAAAACAAAACCCUCCGGCACGCCACAAAAAGGUGUUGCAACAGACACACAGGCCUUAGUGUCAGUGGAAGAAGAUGUAGAAAUCAAAGGUGACCCCAUAGCCGACGAUGCAUUUUUAAUGGUUUCGCAACUGCAUUGGGAAGAUGAGGUUGUGUGGGAUGGCAACGAUAUUAAAGCGAAAGUAAUGCAGAAAUUGAAUUCUAAAACAAUCGCAGCAGGCUGGUUGCCAUCAAGUGGCUCUCGCACAGCCGGCGCGUUUAGCCAACCUGGCAAAACAAUGCCCGUAUCGGGAAACACCGGAAGUGGCAAAGCGCAAGGUGGCUCGUCUUCCAGCAAGAAGGCUAAUCAGAUCCUACAAAGUAAAGCACCCGAAGCAGUGGACGACACCUGGUACAGCAUCUUUCCGGUUGAGAAUGAGGAAUUGAUUUACGGCAAAUGGGAAGAUGAAAUCAUCUGGGAUGCCGAACAGAUGACCAAAUUACCAAAACCGAAAGUGCUCACGCUUGAUCCGAAUGAUGAGAAUAUUAUACUCGGUAUACCGGAUGACAUUGAUCCAUCGAAAAUUAGCAAAAAUACAGGACCACCACCGAAAAUCAAAAUACCACAUCCACAUGUUAAGAAAUCAAAGAUUUUAUUAGGCAAAGCAGGUGUUAUCAAUGUGUUGGCCGAGGACACGCCACCGCCACCGCCCAAGAGUCCAGAUCGUGACCCCUUCAAUAUUUCAAACGAUUCUUACUAUCAGCCUAAGACGGAGCCAACAUUACGACUUAAAGUGGGCGGCGGCAAUUUAAUACAGCAUUCCACGCCAGUAGUUGAGCUACGCUCGCCUUUUAUACCGACAUACAUGGGUCCUAUGAAACUGCGUUCAUUCCAUCGUCCACCAUUGAAACGUUUCUCGCAUGGUCCCUUAGCAUCACCCGGUCCACAUGCUGUACUACCACUACUUAAGUAUAUAGCCAAGAAGGCCAAACAACGUGAGGUGGAGCGCAUUGCGUCCGGUGGUGGCGACGUGUUCUUCAUGCGUAAUCCUGAAGAUUUAAGCGGCAAAGAUGGCGAUAUAAUAUUAUGCGAAUUUUGUGAGGAACAUCCACCUUUGAUGAAUCAAGUCGGCAUGUGUUCCAAGAUCAAAAACUACUACAAACGCAAGGCGGCAAAGGAUAACGGUCCGCAAGACUUUAAAUAUGGCGAAGUGGCCUUUGCGCAUACCAGUCCCUUCUUGGGCAUAAUACAUCCCGGCCAGUGCAUACAAGCGCUGGAGAAUAAUAUGUAUCGUGCGCCGAUCUAUCCGCACAAUAUCAAUCCGACGGAAUUUCUUGUCAUCCGUAAUCGCAGCAACUAUUGGAUACGCGCUAUAAAUGCGCUGUUCACAGUGGGUCAAGAGUGUCCGAUUUACGAAGUGCCGGGUCCGAAUUCAAAACGCGCCAAUAAUUUCACAAGAGACUUCCUGCAGGUGUUCAUUUACCGCCUGUUUUGGAAGAGCCGCGACAAUCCGCGUCGCAUACGUAUGGACGAUAUAAAGCGUGCAUUUCCGGCGCACUCGGAGAGCAGCAUACGUAAGCGUUUGAAACAGUGUGCGGAUUUCAAACGUACUGGCAUGGACUCGAACUGGUGGGUUAUCAAGCCGGAAUUCCGUUUGCCGUCUGAGGAGGAAAUACGUGCAAUGGUCUCGCCGGAGCAAUGCUGCGCGUUCUUUAGCAUGAUAGCAGCCGAGCAGCGUUUGAAGGAUGCUGGUUAUGGUGAAAAGUUCUUAUUCGCGCCACAAGAGGAUGACGAUGAGGAGGCGCAAUUGAAGUUGGACGAUGAAGUAAAAGUGGCACCGUGGAAUACCACGCGCGCUUACAUACAAGCGAUGCGAGGCAAGUGUCUACUGCAGCUGACUGGACCGGCCGAUCCCACCGGUUGUGGUGAAGGUUUUUCUUAUGUACGCGUGCCUAAUAAGCCCACGCAAACUAAAGAAGAGCAGGAGUCACAGCCGAAGCGUACAGUCACCGGCACUGACGCCGAUUUGCGUCGUCUGCCGCUGCAGCGUGCCAAAGAGUUGCUGCGUAAAUUCAAAGUGCCUGAAGAGGAGAUACGAAAAUUGUCGCGUUGGGAGGUAAUCGAUGUGGUGCGCACACUUUCAACCGAGAAGGCCAAAGCCGGCGAACAGGGUAUGGACAAAUUUUCGCGUGGUAAUCGGUUUUCCAUUGCCGAGCAUCAGGAGCGUUACAAAGAGGAGUGUCAGCGCAUUUUCGAUCUACAAAACCGUGUGUUGGCUAGUUCAGAGGUACUUUCCACGGAUGAAGAUGAGUCUUCAGCCUCAGAAGAGUCUGAUCUUGAAGAGCUGGGAAAAAAUUUGGAAAAUAUGCUGUCAAAUAAGAAGACAUCCACACAACUGUCGCUCGAACGCGAAGAGCAAGAGCGUGAAGAGUUAUUGAAAAAGAUUAUGGAAGAUCAAGAGGGAGGAAAGGGUGCCAAAUCGAAAGACGGCAAAGAGGACAACUCACAGCAGCCGGUGUCGAAUCCAAAUCAGGGACGUAUACUUAAAAUAACACGCACCUUUAAGGAUAGCGAGGGCAAGGAAUACACGCGUGUGGAGAUUGUACGCCGCCAGCCAGUCAUCGAUGCCUACAUGAAGAUACGCACCACGAAAGAUGAGCAAUUCAUCAAACAAUUCGCCACAUUGGACGAGCAGCAGAAGGAGGAAAUGAAACGUGAGAAACGACGCAUACAGGAGCAACUGCGACGCAUUAAACGUAAUCAAGAACGCGAGCGACUUGCGUUGUUGGCGCAGAAUCAAAAGUUGCAGCCAGGUGGCAUGCCCACCUCGCUGGGUGAUCCCAAGUCAUCUGGUGGCUCGUCACAUAAAGAACGCGACACGCCACAUAAAGAAGUCAGUCCCUCGCGCAAGAAGUUCAAGUUGAAGCCGGACUUGAAGCUCAAGUGUGGUGCCUGUGGACAGGUUGGCCACAUGCGCACAAAUAAAGCCUGUCCGCUCUACACCGGCCUGCAAGGUCCUUUGAACUCAUCUAAUGUGAGUAUCAAUGAAGAGCAGGAGGAGGAAGUGGAGAAGGAACUCAACUGCGAGGACGAUGAUCUGGUGAAUGUAGAUGGCACCAAGGUGACAUUGAGCAGUAAGGUACUGAAGCGCCACGAAGAUGUGCGGCGUCGCACUUUGUUGUUGAAGGUGCCCAAAGAAGCGGUGGGCAAGAAGAAGCGACGCAUGGCCGGUGACUUGCAUUGCGAUUAUCUGCAACGUCACAAUAAAACAGCAAAUCGCCGGCGUACGGAUCCGGUGGUGGUUUUGUCUUCCAUACUCGAGGAAAUACUCAAUGAGUUGCGUUCAAUGCCGGAUGUGACACCGUUUCUCUUUCCAGUUAACGCCAAGCUUGUGCCCGACUAUUAUCGCAUUGUCACUAAACCGAUGGAUCUACAAACCAUGCGCGACUACAUACGUCAACGUCGCUAUCAUAAUCGCGAAGAGUUCUUAGCCGAUCUUAAUCAAAUUGUUGAAAAUUCAACUCUAUACAAUGGAGCACGCAGCUCCUUCACCGUUGCUGCACAACGCAUGCUUCAGAGUUGUUUCGAAUUAUUGGCCGAGAAAGAAGACAAGCUAAUGCGUUUGGAGAAGGCUAUUAAUCCACUGCUGGAUGAUAACGAUCAGGUAGCGCUGUCAUUCAUUUUCGAACAAUUACAUGGCAAGAUCAAAUUGAUGCAAGAAAGCUGGCCCUUCUUGAAGCCUGUCAAUAAGAAGCAAGUGCGGGAUUAUUAUACGAUCAUCAAGCGUCCCAUGGAUCUGGAAACUAUUGGCAAAAAUGUGGAGGCGCAUCGCUAUCACUCACGCGCCGAGUUCUUAGCGGACAUUGAGCUAAUUGCGGCCAACUGUGAACAGUACAAUGGUAGCGAAUCGCGCUUUACCAAGAAUGCCAAAGAUUUGUUGCAUUUCGCGCGCACACAACUGGAGGAGUUCUCCGACCAUUGUGGUCAACUCGAGCAAAACAUCAGCAAAGUGCAAGAGCGUGCACGUGCCGACGCCGAACUGGAUGAUACAUGGGGCGGCGAUGAUCAAGACUAUGAUUUCCCACACCGUACGAGUCGUUCGAGUACACCGGAAAAUGAUUUCAUCGAUGUCGAAGGUAACGAGCGUCCUUCAACAUCAUCGGCAGCAUUAAACUCUUCUGGCUCAUCGUUUAGCCGCAGUUUUGCUGGUGGCAUUACCAUACCGGCCACAACACCUGGUGGUGGCAGCGAUAUGGCACCACCACCGUCUGACGUGAAACGUGGCCGUGGACGUCCGCGUAAACAACGCGACACAGUGGAGGAGGGCUACAGCCUUAACGUCAAAAUAAAUGCGAGCGCUGUUAAACGUGGGCGUGGCCGACCCCGCAAGGACAGCCUAGCCUCAAAUAUAAGUAACCCACAAAAUUCCUUUUUGGAAGAAGAUUUGCAAUGUUCAACGGAUGAUGAGGAGUUUCAGGAAGUAUCAGAGGAUGAGAACAACGCCGCCAGCAUACUUGAUCAAGGCGAACGCAUACAACCGAACGACAGUGGCAUGGACACUGUUGGCGCUAUGGGCAUGGAUCAGAUUGAUGUGUCGCAUAUAAAAACCGAGAUGAAGAUAGAGCCACCGCAGCUCGCUAACGAGGAAGAAGGUGCAGAGCAACAGUGCGAGGAUGACAGCCAACAGGCCGCAGAGGCGAUGGUACAAUUGAGUGGCGUGGGCUUCUACACUCAACAGCAGCAAGAUGACUCAAUGGAUUUGGAUCCCAACUAUGAUCCAUCAGAUUUCUUAAAUUUCGGCAAUCGUCCCGCCCAUAAUAAUGCUAGUGAUGACAUGCAAUCAACGCAAAAUCAUAUGCAAUAUAGUAAGGAGGAUGAUGAAGCGCAAGCACACUUCCAAAUGGACGCCAAUAUGUCUGAUGGUGCAAUGCCAGCUGAAAUGUCGUCUAUGCCGCAGAUGCCACUAAUUAUGCCAAGUAAUGAUAACGUUGGCAUAGAUGAAGACUUGGCUAUUUCAGAGAGUGACGAGGAAGAUGGUGGUGGCGAUGACAAUGUUGCUGAUGUCUCUAUGAAACGUGAAGUGUUCAAUGAUAGUGGUGAAAUGGCUAAUGACGGCAUUGGUGCCAAUCUACAAAAUAGCAUGAAUGAGCCACAGGCUAACGAAGGUCAAAUGAAUAUGGAAACGGCUAAACCCGAACAUCAUCAAGACGAUAAUGAUGACGAUGACUGGUUGCACUUCUAAAUAAAAAAAAUCAUGCUUGCACGUUUUAAUUAACCGUAUUUAUAAGAAUUAAAUAAAUUAUGUAUUUUUAUUCAAGUUAAUAUACAAAGUAACAUCUUAUUGUAUUCUAAAUAUAAAAUUGUAAUAUUA